AUUCUGUUGAUGAUGUUAAUAAAUUACCUGAAGCACUUGAUUUCAACUUGUACUCAAUAUUUCACUCACUGAAUCUACCAUUCAGUUCAUGUCCUGGCACAAUGCCCGAAGGUCCUGAACUCUACAAAGCAGCUACCUUUCUCAACCACAUUGCCUCCCAACACAUCUUUAAGAAGGUCCGCCCUCUCAAGGAGCCAAGUCACAAACACCCUCUUAUUCCAUGGACUAAACCAAGUUUCUCUCUUGCUGGGGAGGCACGAGGUAAGGAAAUCAGGAUUACUUUCACAGAGUUAUCUCUGAAGGAUGAGGUUAAAAAUGAUAAGUUUUUUCCGGAAACUUUAAACAUUCUUCUGACUUUUGGCAUGGCCGGUAGAUUUGCCAUGACAAAGACAGGGGAGACUAGGAAACACUCGCUGUUAAUGUUUGAUACAACAGAUGAUCAAACAUUCUCUUUUGUUGAUACUCGUCACUUUGGAAGGUGGAUACUGACUGACGAGUGGUCUCCCCAAACAAAGCGUGGCCCUAGCAUUAUAACUGAAUACCAACUGUUCCGGAAAUAUUUGUUAUCACUGCUUGAUAAACCAGUAUUUGAUAAGCCAAUAUGUGAGGUAAUGUUGAAUCAGCGGUAUUACCUCAGAGCUGAAAUCCUUUACCGUCUAGACAUAGACCCCUAUUUUUCAGCUAGAUCAGUUCUUGAGAAUCUGCCAGAAGUUUCGUGUAACAACAACCCUUCGGAAUUCAGAUUCAAUUCCAUUUAG